ACAAUUUUAGUGUGUGCUGAUUUGUUUUCCCUCCAACCCGAAGGUCACGUCGACGUUUUCGUCCGAAUUCUUUCAAGUCGUGCUCGCGUCCGGUGCAGACGACGCAAACCCAGAUCGACGCACCGUGACGACCAAGUAUGGCGCCUUUCAACUGCGUCACUUCCAGCCCGUCGCUCGUCCUCGUUUCGAGAACGCCGACUCGUCCAGCGCCGCGUCUGCCGGUACCGGUACCGGUCCAGGAGCAGCCGUCCGCCGAACCCCGCCCCCCACUUCGUGGUCUGAUGAAAUGAGAUUAUUAUCAUUAGCGCAAGAAAAGUGCCCGCUGACGUCAGAGGCUUAAAUCCACCGCUCUGGUCUUCCGGGCUCGUCCGUCCGACACCGAACACGCCGACAUGUCUCCGGUGCUGCUUGUGUGAGACCCGAACGGCACCGGCGACGGGAGCGGACAAGCGCAUCAAUGGCGUCCUACUUGCAGAUCGCCGAUGACGAGAAAGGCUACGACCUGGACCUUUUCUGUGUGCCCAGACAUUACGAGAAGGAUUUGGACAAAGUCAUCAUUCCUCACGGACUCAUCAUGGACAGGACGGAGCGCUUGGCCCGCGACAUCGUGCGCGACAUGGGCGGCCACCACAUCGUGGCCCUUUGCGUGCUGAAGGGCGGCUACAAGUUCUUCGCGGACCUGCUGGACUACAUCAAGACGCUGAACCAGAACAGCGAUAAAUCGGUCCCGCUGACGGUGGAUUUCAUCCGGAUCAAGAGCUACUGCAACGACAAAUCCAGCGACGUCGUCAAAGUCUUCGGAGGCGAUGAGCUGUCGGGUCUCUCGGGGAAGCACGUUUUGAUCGUUGAGGACAUCGUGGAGACGGGAAGGACGAUGCAGACGCUGCUGGCGCUGCUCAGCGAAAGCAGGCCCAAGAUGGUGAAAGUGGUGAGCUCACCCAGCCUCCUGCUUGGUUUUUCCAGCCUCCUGGUGAAGAGGACCCCCAGGAGUUGCGGGUACAGGCCGGAUUAUGUUGGCUUUGAGGUGCCCGACGCCUUCCUGGUGGGUUACGCUCUGGACUACAACGAAUACUUCCGAGAUCUCAGUCACAUCUGCAUCCUGAACGACGAAGCCAAGGAGAAGUACAAAGUGUGACGCGACGUCUGGGAGCGACUGUGACCGCCCUCCUCCUUCCCUCUUCUUUAUUUAUUCUACACCCAAAGGAUAUUUCUUGACUGAGGAAUAAUGAUGGCAAUUUCGGUUGCCCGGUUUGUUUAUUUAUUCAUGUAUUUAUUUAAUGCCGUCAAGGACUUUUCCGUGCACAUUUGGAUUUAUCAUUAUGAUAAGGAAAAGACGAUUUUGUGACUCAGGCUUUUUCGGCCCUUUUUUUUUGGUUUGCGCAUGCUUUUCCACCCAUGUACGGUAUUAUUUUCUAUAUAUUAGGUCAUUGUACUGUACAGUCGCGCAUGAUAUGCCAAGUACG